AUGGCUACCCCAAGCGAACCCACGGAGGACGCAGUCGAUAGCCUGCCAUACUUGCAGCGCAACAGGUCCUCUCUAUCGGAGGCGGUGAGAAGGAUAGGUGAAGAUGAUGCCCGCGAAAGAUACGAGGCUUGUGCCGAAGAGCAGGGUCUUGAGGAAAAGAAGAUAGCCGGCCCCAGCUCAUCGAGUGAUGAAGAUGAGCAGACGAUAAUAUCUUGGGAAGACAGUGACCCAGAGAACCCAUACAACUGGUCACAUACCAAAAAGUUCCUGAUCCUUUGCCUAACCAUGAUGCAAGUUAUUAACAGCACAAUGGGGUCAGCCCUCCCAUCCAACGCGAUCCCAUUCAUCACCGCCGAAUGGGGCAUUACGAACGAGCAGCAGCAGGUCUUACCCAUCUCCGUUUUCCUCAUCGGCUACGUUUUCGGGCCUGUGGUCUGGGCACCUCUCAGCGAGCAUUUUGGUCGAAGGAUGUUGACCAUCAUAACCUUUGUCAUGUUCACCAUCUGGACUAUGGCUUGUGCCCUCGCACCCAACUGGCCUGCAUUUCUCUUCUUCCGCUUAUUUACCGGCGUCUUCGCCAGCUCACCCAUCGCUAUCGUGGCCGGUAUUCUUGCCGACAUCUACGGUGACACCGAGACCCGCGGCCGCGCAAUGACAGCCUUCAUGGUCACAACCACCUUUGGCCCCCUCUUUGCCCCAAUCGUCUCUGGCUUCUGCUCCACAACAAUAGGUUGGCGCUGGUCCUUCUGGGUGGCCCUCAUCUAUGCCGGCUUGACCCUCGUUCCGAUCCUCCUUCUCCCCGAGACAUACGCGCCCAUCCUCCUGCUUCGACGUGCACGAAAAAUCCGCAAGCUAGAUCCCUCAGCCGCGGUCAUUGCGCCCCGCGAGAUGGAGAGCACCGACUUCAAGCACAUCGCAACGGUCGUCCUGACCCGUCCUGUACGCAUGAUCAUCUUCGAGCCAAUCGUCAGCUGCACCUGCGCCUACCUGGCCCUGGUCUACACAAUCUUUUACAUGUCGUUCCAGGCCUUCCCCAUCAUCUUCCAGAAGCUGUACGGCCUUUCGCCAGGAGUUGCUGGACUAGCCUAUCUACCCAUAGGCGGCGGCGCCCUGCUCGUCGUACCUAUCUUUCUAGGCUGGGAGCAGGGUCAUCUUCGCGCUCAGCGUAAUGGCCAUACAUGGGCAAAACGAGAGGAGUUCCGCCGUCUCCCGCUGGCUUGCGUCGGCGGGCCCUUAUUCUUCGUCUCUUUAUUCUGGCUAGGCUGGUCUUCGAGAGAAGGCGUCAGUUUCGUUGCACCCAUGCUUGCGGGUAUCCCUUUCGGAAUGGGUUUCAUGCUCAUCUUCAUCGCCUUGCUCAACUACCUCACCGACGCCUACGAGAUAUUCGCAGCCAGCGCCAAUGCGGCCGCCUCGACUAGUCGAUCUCUGCUCGCCGUUGUGUUGCCGCUGGCGACGACGCGCAUGUUCAAUAAACUCGGCAUUGCAGGUGCUUGUAGCUUGCUUGGUGGCUUCAGUGCCAUCAUGUGCAUCAUCCCGUUCAUCUUUAUUUGGAAGGGUGAACAGAUCCGAGAGGGGUCACGGUUUUGCAACGCGCUCAGAGAGAGGAAAGCCGAGAUGCAGAGGAAAGUUGAUGAGCAGAAGCAAAGAGAGGAGGCGAGGAGGGUCAGAUUGAGGAAUAAUUCAGGGGGCCGUAAAGAGGAGGUUUGA